UGUGAAUCAACCAUUUGAUCUCAUUUAUUCAUCUCUUCUAUCCGAUUCCUUCUUCUUUCUCUUUCUAGUUUCAAUCUACCUUCCCAAACAUGUCUUCAAGUUGUACUGUGGAUUCUUGCAUGGUAGAGGGCAGUGACGGUGUGAGUCUACGAACCAGAGUUUUCAAACCCAUGGAAGAGAUCAAAGACAAUCUUGUCGCAGUUCUAAUCCAUCCAUAUUCCGUAUUGGGUGGAUGUCAAGGCCUUUUGAGAGGGAUUGCUUCUGGAUUAGCCUCUCAGGGUUACAGGGCUGUGACAUUCGACAUGAGAGGGGUUGGGAGAUCAACUGGAAGAGCUUCUCUUACUGGAUUUCAAGAGAUCAAAGAUGUUGUUUCUGUUUGCAAUUGGGUUUUGGAUAACCUUUCAACUGAUCGGAUCUUAUUGGUGGGUUCUUCUGCUGGUGCACCAAUAGCUGGUUCAGCAAUUGAUCAAGUGGAACAAGUAGUUGCCUUUGUGAGUAUAGGAUAUCCCUUUGGUUUCAUGGCUUCAAUCCUUUUUGGACGACACCACAAAGCCAUAUUGCAGUCUCCAAAACCAAAAUUCUUCGUAAUGGGAACCCGCGAUGGAUUCACCAGUGUGAAGCAGCUACAAGGAAAAUUGAGUGCAGCCAAAGGGCGGGUUGAAACCUAUCUAAUAGAAGGAGCCAGUCAUUUCCAGAUGGAAGGACCUGCUUUUGAUGAUCAAAUGGUAGGUCUUAUUCUGACUUUUAUAGCAUCUUUGUAGAUAUCAUCCAUCGAAUUACUCUAUUAGCUAGUCAUUCAUUUGUGUAUCUGUUUGUACCUUGGACACCCCUAAUAUUAAUAAGUGUUUCUGUUUUGUUGUGUA